UGUGCGGCUAGUGACCGACAAUGACAAAGUUAUGUGAAUGCCAUCAAACUUCUCGGGAAUGGAUUGGUAACCUACAAGACUGAACAUCCCUGUGACCCAGACAGACUCCUUUUCAUGAGUUUCGACCCGUGUCAUGUGUUAAAGAACGUCCGGUCACAACUGUUGUCGCGUGAUAUUGGGCCAAAAUGUGAAAUUUCUGCUUCCUUCAUCAAGGACCUGUACGAGAUGCAGAAAGGUUUAACUGUAAAACCUGUCCGAUAUUUGAGCCGGAAGCAUGUUUUCCCUAAUAAUAUAGAAAAGAACGUUGGAAGAGCUGUUCAGCUCCUCUCCCCAAGCGUGACGGCUGCUUUAGAGUACUUGAAAGGUCAAGCUGGGCAUACAUGCUCCAAAUCAUUUUCCCAUGCAGGCCCAACCAUUACCUACAUGAAGAAUUUUUACCGCUGGUUUGUACUGCACGACACAAGCAAUACCGUGCAGCACAUAUAUCAGAAUUUUGCUGAUGCUCGACACUAUGACGAUGUCGAAGAUCCUAGGCUCGAAUGGCUUGAAGUCACCUUUCCAUUGUACUUGGACGGGCUGAAGAAGAGGUGCAACCAUCCGCGAGAAUUUCUUACGAAGGAGACGUACGAGGCUGUUCUCGUCACCACUUACUCUACAGUGGCAUGUAUAAGACAACUGCUCACAGAUGAGAGCUUCUUCUUUGUUCUUACACGCCGGUUCAACAGUGACCCAAUAGAGUCAUUGUUUGGAACAUUGAGGAUGUCAUCAGGCACAAAUGACACGCUGGAUGUUCGUGCUGCACUUUCGGGUCUAGAAAAAAUCCUGAAGACCGGAAUCACUGCGGCUAGUGCAGCAUCAAAUGUUGCUCAUGCUGAGAGUUCAACAUCAGUGCCCCUACCUGCCGGUGCUUCAAGUUCGCAACCGUCGUGUACUUUGUCCGUGCCGCUUCCUUCUACUGCAAACACAGAUGUGCAAACACCACCUUCUAUGAAAAAGGCAGUUGUGGUGUUGCAAAGGCAACACCACGCUUCUGUGUUGCCUCAGUACCUGCCAUCUCUUCAAAUAUCGGCCACAGCAUAUGUAGGGGGCUACAUUGCCCGUGUGGUGAGUGAAAAAGUGAACUGUGAAAACUGUGUCUCUGUGUGUUCGAAGCCAGCCAGCAACCAGCCGCUCCUGCAGCUGACACGUCACCAGGACCGAGGUGGUUUGCUGUAUCCAUCUGACCAGCUCCUUUUUGUCCUUGAUACUUUGCGAGCUUUUGCAGACGGUGCGCUCAAAGACAACCCGACUUUGGCAAAGCCACUCAGUACCUUGACAAAGUACACAAUUCCAGCCCUCUGUGCAUCAAGGCUCCUUAAAUGCCACAGUGAUGGCAGCUAUGACCACAGGGUGCGACUCAUGAACAUCAUAUGUAUUUACUUCCUCAGGCCACUCCUCUCGAACUAUGCGUUUAAUGUGACUGACAAGCAGGAUGCUUGCAAAUAUUUCGCGAGGAAGCCACUUUCAAGGAAGUAUGUAAGGAUUUGAGAAUGGUUGUCUCCUUGUGUAUUAUGUGAUAUUUUAUUUUGUCAACAAAUAUUUUCAUUGCAAGCCAUUUUAUGCAGCGCUGUGAUAAAUAUUCUCUUAUGCAAUUUAUGAUAUUUUUUUCUUGUCAGUAAAUGUUUUAACCUUAGGCUAUUGUAUGCAUGGCUCUGAAAAAUAGUUUUGUGCAAUUUAUGAUCUUUUUUCUUGUCAGCAAAUGUCUCACUCUUAGGCCAAUGUAUGCAUGGUUGUGAAAUAUUGUUUCCUUGUGCAGUUAACGUUUCUUUAAUUGCCACCAAAUGUUUCACUAUUAGGCCAAUGGAUGUAAGGGUAUGAAAAUCAUUGUGUGUGUAAUUUUAUAUUUAUUUUUUUGUGCGCAAAUGUUUUAAUAGCGGGGCAGCAUAUGUACGGCUGCGAGAAAGGUUGCUUUCUUCCAAUAAAUUUCUUUUUUCCUUGUCA